UGCGCAUAGCGGGUAAUCCAGUAUGUUUCUUUACGGUGUCUGUAUGGCAACUGGAAACGUUCUUGAAAUCAGCCGGAGAAGUGGUUAGUACUUGUGGCGGCGAAAAAAUGUGCCUAAUUCACAUCCCGCCCAUUCCCUUGCUCGAAUGCGGCCAUCAGGGGGACCUCCCACCCGGCACGAUGGGGAUUUGGUAUCAGUGUUAUGUGCUGGUAUAUGACUGUCUGCGCCUGUGGCCGCUGCAGCGAUAUACGGCGACCAAUGUUGCUACAUUGGAUAUCGAAGCGAUCGACACUUGACUGCCUCUUUGAUUGCCAACAUCGUCCCAUAAACAUCGCAAUGGACAUCCACGGCAAAUAGACUUUCUUGAUUAUUGUUUUCUUUCUGCCUGAUUGCCCAAACGGGCUUUUAUCGUUAUAGCCUGUACACGCGCCGGUAUCAAGGAGGGGGCCGAUCGGCGAUCGGUGUUGUAUCUGAGCGCACAUAUAUCCGCAGCCGAGGGAGAGACAUAUAAUAAUAUAUCGCUUGACAAGCCCCGGCAAAAACGCUUCCUUCCCUAUAAUACCCAUGUAAUGCCACACGGGAAAAUGGCUUCUUGUUGUGCUUUUUUAUUGAUUCGGUGUGAAUUUAUAUUGGACGUCGUUGGCACUGCAGCUGGCCGUAUAGAGUGCGGCGGGAAUUGUUGAAUUGUCUCCGCGUGGCUUCCUUAUGGAGGAGCGGAUCAUGAUCGUUUUGUGCUUUAAGGUCAUUGUGGAUCAAUUUGCAUAUACCCGUACGAUCCAUCCCGGCCCGUAAACAUUUUGUCUUUUUUCCGCCCGAUCAUUAUCCCGUAUCGGCAUUAAAUCUACACAGAGAAAUCCUCCUCUCACUUUAUGUCCCGGUCGCCUUAUAUAUAUAUGACCAUCUGUGUAUAUGUCUUUCGUCUUGUGCCCCAACUGAACAUGCUUGGUUUAACCCAGUUGUUUCUUUGGGCGCGCGCGCGUGCUAACUGAUUGAUUGGAUACACUCGGCAGCUGUGCAACUGCCGUUUCCAUUUGCCCGGAAAAAAGUAGCCGUGUUUUCCUGGAUGCACGUGCAUCCCGGCAUCAACAUAAUAUCUGUUACCACCGGUUAAUUAUUAUUUCGCGGGUUUCUCCUAUCGGAUAACCGGCCUGGUUUUAACUAACUGAUGCAGGUGAUCAACUCAGCAUUCAUAAGGCGCUGAUGGUUACCGGUUGGUUAAUGAAUAAAAGUUACGUUAUACACAAAUAACACAAUCCAUUGAUCUACCGUGAGAUGAUCGGAGGGGGAUGAAAGAUGAUCGUCGCUGAAUGUGAUGUGUAUUCGGGUGAUAAAUAGCUGAUCGUACUACCUGUUUAUCCAGAGCGAUUCAGUUACCGGUGGCAGUGCAGCGGCCAGAUCCUUAUCCGCCCUGGAUCUGUGUUUGGAUGCCUAUUAGUCGCAGGUUGUAACAACCCCGGCGACCCCAUUUAUUAUCCCAGCUUGUUAACAAAAAGAUCAUCCUAGAAUUCCCUUCUUGAGGAACAGCACUCCUCGGCGAGCAUUUCCGCCCCCGCUAGCCGGUCUGGCUGAGUGGACCACGAGGCAGAGUGUCAUGACCGUCAGCAGUAUGUCCAUGGAUGCGGCGGCAGCAUUAACAGUCGAUCCGGAUCCAGCAGCUAAUUGCACAGCGCAGCCGAAUUACGACUAUCAAGACGAUCGACGUCUACGUAAUGCCGUGUCCAUUGCCGUUCCGGUUUUAUUUGGAGUGAUUGCUGUUCUGGGAUUUAUCGGCAACGCCUUUGUCAUUAUCAUUGUACUUGGGAAGCGAGCAAAACAAAUCCGCAAUAGCACUAAUCUGCUAAUUGUCAAUUUAGCGUGUGCCGAUUUAUUAUUCAUCGUCUUCUGCGUGCCUUACACCGCCGCCGAUUAUGUGUUUCGGGAAUGGCCAUUUGGUGUAAUCUGGUGCAAAAUCGUCCAAUAUCUCAUCCAUGUCUGUGCGUACUCCAGCGUGUACACGCUGGUGCUGAUGUCGGUGGAUCGAUACCUGGCUGUGGUACACCCGAUAUCCUCCAUGACCUUACGAACGCAAAAGAAUACCUACAUAGCAAUAGGCAUCCAGUGGGUGGUCAUCAUGUCGGCUAAUAUUCCGCUGAUCCUGGCGCAUGGAAUUGUUAAAUUACCCAUACAUGAUUGUGAACAAUCGGUGCCCUGUAUGUUCCAUUAUCUGGUCUAUGAUGAAAUUAGUUUCCGAUUGGCCUUCCUGGGCACGUUUUUUAUAUUACCGGUGACAAUAAUAUCAUCGCUGUAUUUCAUUAUGCUGCGACGACUCUGGGAUAUUCGUGGCCCGGUCGGGCACCGCUCAAACGAAGGCAACCGCUCCAAGAAGCGCGUUACGCGAAUGGUUAUUGCGGUCGUGAUUAUUUUUAUUUUGUGCUGGAGUCCAAUUACCUUUAUACUGGCUCUGAAAUCUCUGGAUCUGUACCCGGUGGACACGGUCUCCGUGCCGGUACAGAUCGCCGCCCACGUUCUGGCCUACUCCAAUGUUUGUCUGAACCCGUUUAUCUAUGCCGCCGCCCAUCCGGGCUUCCGGAGCAGCUUCAAGAAUCUCCUCCUGUGCGGCCAACUCCGCUCACCGACCCAUGCCGUGGACUUUGAGCGGACAGACAUGAGCGGUGCGGAAACGGCCACCGGUUUCAUCCGCAGCCGCUCCCUUCGUCUGUCACAGGCCCUCAAGCGGAAAGGGCGGGAAGGCAACAAAGACAGCCUGGGUUUCUCCUUGACCGAGACCACCCACGUGUACUCCACGGCAGUGCCGGCCGGUAAUCAUAUGGAUAACGGCGGCGGCUCAGAGGCCACGGAGAAAACCGUUAUGAUCAAACAGCAGGCCACACGACAACUCAGCAAGGAUAGCGUUUUUUAAGUUUUUGCCGAUGCAUAUUGAAGAAGUUAAACAAAUUUUAAUUCUUUUGUUUUGGUUGUUAACAGCUGAAUUGGGAGAUGGAAAUAAACUGAUAGACAUGUCCACACUGAAAAUAUAAUUUUGCAUAAUUUGUCAAAUGUUUGGAAUAAAAUUUCAGGUA